AUGGAUUUCAAUUCUGUCAUUGACAGCGCUCAAAGAUUUGCUGGAAGAAAACGCAAUGAUAACAUUUAUGAUGAUCGAUUGAUUGAUCGUCUCCAUAAUCGUUAUACAGUCGCAAUCUUAGUUUGUUUUUGCAUCGCCAUCUCAACUUACCAAUAUGCUGGUGAUCCAUUGCACUGCUGGGUGCCUGCCCAAUUCACUGGAACUUACGAAGCGUAUACCAAUCGUUUAUGUUACAUUCAGAACACAUAUCAUGUGCCGAAGAAUCAAAUGGUUCCAAAGGAUUACAAUCUACGACGUGAAAGAACAUUGAAAUACUAUCAAUGGAUUAAUUUCGUUCUACUUUUACAAGCAUUAUUUUUCAGUUUACCACGCAUUCUUUGGCAGUCAUUCAAUGAUAAGACUGGCCUGCCGCUGGGAAACUUUGUCGAUGCUGCAAAUAAAUACGAUUCGUUCGAUAUUAAAACCGAUCGACAAACAGUUGUUCAAUAUAUUGCCGAUUGUUUACAACGAUAUGAAGAAUAUGUCAAUCCCCCAAAGCGAGAUAGAUCGUCGUUUAUUCAUCGUAUGGAUCGUCAAUGUCGUUUAUUUUGUCAAGGUCGAACCGGCGCAUCACUUGUUUGCUUUUAUUUUUUUAUUAAAUUUCUUUACAUACUUAAUUUGGUCCUACAAAUCUUAUUUCUUCAAUAUUUCCUCAGUUAUUACGAGAUGAAUUAUAUUCAGUAUGGUGUGAACGUGCUAGGCAGUUUACUUUCCGGGUUUACCUUGCCGGAAAGUAAACUCUUUCCGCGAAUAACAUUAUGUGAUUUCCAAAUACGUGAAUUAGGCGAACAACAUCAUUAUACAGUCGAAUGUAUUCUUGUGAUUAACAUUUUUAUCGAAAAAAUGUAUUUCCUUCUAUGGUUAUGGUUUUGGAUUUUACUCUUCAUUACAAUUGUCGACACAAUACGUUCUUUUUAUCAAAUAUUUGUUCGACACUCACGUAACGUGUUUAUUGUCCAACAUUUAGAAUUAAUCGUUAAAAAUCGUGCCUCGAGAGAACAGCAAUUUCGAUAUUUUCUGCGCUAUUUUCCUAUUGAUAAUUUGUUUGCCUUAUGGAUUGUCGGGCUCAAUUCUACUCCAUUGAUUGUGGCAGAAAUACUCGAUGAAUUAUUUUAUCGCAGGUUGAAUAGCGGUUCGGAUGUGUGA